UUUGCACUGAGAAGAAAAACAUUCGUAGCAUUUGGUUAAAUUGAAAGUGGUUAUCUGUAGGGAAGUAGUAGGAAAGUUCGCAUGACACCAAACAAGUGAAGAGUUGGACGGUAUUCGCGUAGUUAUGCAAAAAAGCUUUAAUACGAAACAACAAAAAUAGUUAUUUCUGACUUCCGCGACUGAGGUACGGCGGGACUUUUUUGUGAAAUGUUUACGAAUAUUUAAUUUAAUGCAUAACGGCUUAUAACGAUAUUAUUCUUAAUCAGGUUACUAAUAUUCAAAAAUUUUGGUGCUACAUAUAUCAUUUUAUUAUUAAAUAAUAAAAACCAACUUCAUAAACGGCUACGAUGCUGAGUUAAACUAUAGCACUUAGAAGUAAACAUAAGGUGUGACGUCAUUUGUGUAUGAGAACAGCAAACAGUGUCAACAAAAAGUUUAACGAUAUAAACAAAAUCAAAAUUCGCGCUCAAAGUAAACAAAACAAAACCGUGAUUAAAAUUGAAUGCAUGAAUUAUUAUUUGCUGUUCAGUGAUUUUUUGAAUAAAUGAUCAUUUAAAAAUAUUUACGUUUAUUUAAAUUUACAUUAAUUAAAAUUAAAUACGCAAAGUGAUAGUUACAGACAGUAUGCAUAUCCAACGCACAGCAAUCAGGAACCUAUUAACGAGUUGUUUACGUUUCGAGAGCACUCAAAGUCAGAAAUGUACACUGAAAUUACCGUCCCAAAUCGAAAUGUUGAGAUCCAUUUGGAGAAGGCAUAUGUCGAGUGAAAUUAAUAUAACGACUCCAAUUACUUUCAUCUCUACCAGUGUUGUGAGUAAAGUAGAGAAGCAACAGUUCUUGCCGCCGAAAUCUCCUCAGUUCCUAAGUCCAUUCACACAGAUUUGCAGAUCAACUCUAGUCCACUCAAACAAUGUGUCACCUGCGAUGACAAGUAUACGUCCAUACUCUAAGUUCACGAAUAUAGGCACACUUCCAUUGUCCGAGGAAAAGGCACAGGAUCUUAUAUUCAAUUUAAAAGAUUCAGAAAGAGCAGCCAUAAAAACCGCACUCCAAAAAUACGAAGCUGCCAAGCUGAAGGAGGGCUUCGAAGGCGAUUUAGCAGCAACACGUUGGCGUACACGUUUUGGACGUCUUACGAAAUUGCCCGCGUUGGGCGAUGUCGACCCAACAGGUUCAUACUGUGCAUUUCCAGAUGAUUGGCUAAAAAAGAAAGCGGCGGAGAAAGCCAAGGAACCCACCAGGAGCGAACUGUGGAGACUUUUUCUGGUAAAUGCUGCGCCCUUUUUUGCAUUCGGUUUCCUAGAUAAUUUUGUGAUGGUUGUCGCGGGCGACUACAUCGAAUUAGUUUUUGGUACAUUUAUGUGCAUAUCAACCAUGGCAGCUGCCGGUUUGGGUAACACUGUUAGCGAUGUUAUAGGUAUUGGUUCUGCGGUAUAUGUCGAAAGAGGUUGUGAUUAUUUAGGAUUUAAACCACCCGAUUUAACGCCAGUACAAAUGGAAAUGAAAUCAAGUCGUCGAGCUGCAAAUUUUGGACGGAUUAUAGGAAUAACAAUCGGGUGUCUUAUUGGUAUGUUCCCGCUUUUAUUCUUAAAACCAAAACGCAACGAUGCGGACUCUGAGGAGAAAACAGAUGCUACUGAUGAAAAGUAACGCCAAAAUUAAAAAUGGAUUCAAAAUCUCUACAUUUAACAAAACUGAAUUUAUUUGGUUGCAGAAUUUAUUAACGAUUAUUAAUUACUUUAAGUAUUUAUAUACUCGU